AUGCAACAACAGAAAGGGGAUCUUUCUCUCAAUGUACAGCAAGCCAAGGAAUUCCUCGCCACAACUCAGGAACUACUUGCUCACGACAGACAUGAUGAGACAUUAUUGUUAUUGGAGCACUGUUGUAAAAUCGUGCUCAUGAAAGCUGUGAAAUUAGAACAAAGCAUGCUUCGACAACGGGCUAAAAUGCAAUGGUUGAAGGAGGGAGACCAAUGCUCGAGGAUCUUCUUUCGUAAAGUGGCUACCCGACGAGCAACAAAGCAAAUCUUCCAAAUAAAAGGGCCUGAUGAUAAUAUGAUCAACGAUCAGGAGGAUAUUGUUGCGGAAUUUGUGCGCUAUUUUGAAACCUUAUUAGGCGGGGAACACCGAGAAUGGGAGCUGAAUAUAGAACAUUUGAGAUCGAGGGCUACGCAUGUGCUAACAGAAGAGGAAGGGGACAUGCUUGUAAGCUCAAUCACUAGAGAUGAAGUUAAAGAGGCCUUCUUUGGUAUUGAGGAGGAUAAGGCGCCGGGGCUUGAUGGAUAUUCGGCUGGAUUUUACAAAGUCGCAUGGCCUAUUGUUGGCAGGGAGGUUACAAAUGCAAUAUUGGAGUUCUUUCAUAAUGGCCGCCUGUUGAAGUAA